AACAAUAGCAUGCAUGCAACCACCACAAAAAAAUUAACCUCUUUCAGCACUCUCCUCUCUACCACCAGUCCGCCCCACACAUCCACAAAAAUACCAUCCCUCUCGUCCCAGCAGGGCAUGCCACUGACCAUUAUAACCGCCAGGAGAUCCUCCCCAUUCCCAUUCCCAUCCGCACCACCACCCCCCACACUCCCCCGCGGUACAGGCGCAGCAGCACGCCAUCACGGGCAUGGGCGCCACUGAGCCGUCGUCCGCGCCACCGCACCGCCCCGUCAGCAUGUCGUCGUGCAUGCCCUCCCCCUCCUGGUCGCCGCCCGGGCCCGGCGGCCGGCACCGCGCCGCCGUCGUGGUGCGGCGCCUGCAGGUGGCGGCGCGCGACGCCAUCCCGGGCGUGGGCUGGUGCGGGCACCGCGCGUGGCGCAAGCUGCUCCGGCGGUUGGCGCAGGAGACCCGGUGCAUCUGCAGCUCCCCGGCGCCGCCCUCCAGGCCCAGCACCUUCGGCUACGACGCCGUCAGCUACGCCAAGAACUUCGACGACGGGCGCUCCCACGCGCCCCACGCCCUCCCCUGCGCCGCCGCCGCCGACAAGCAGGCCCGCCGCUGACUCGUCCUCGAUCCUCCCGAUCCCUUUCUUUUGCCUCGUGCAUGCAUGGUUGCCCAUCGCUCUCGCCGAUGCGCGCGUAUUUCUUAUCUGUUUUUGCUCCUUGUUUUCGUUGAUCCGAUUUGGUGCUGUGAUGGCCGCCCCGAUGCCCGUCCCUAGGGAUCUUUGUAAUCUGUACAUAGAUCGAAUGGAGAUAACACGAGUGGCGCUUUGCCAAAUGUAGGUCCUGCAUACUUGUUAAUUUGCUCCUUGGAGCAAUGGGUCUGUGUCUGUCUGUACGAAAAAGUCACUUUCAGUCAUUCAUAUACAAAUCCUUAAUCA